AUGCGGGAUCGCAGAGGAUUCAAACUCUGGAUCGAAAGUGCUCACGCACCUAUGGAGCCCGUAGAGGACCACAACAAGGAUGCGUUUUAUGAUGAACUCAAUACGUUGAUAUCCAAGAAACCAAGCCAGCAGGCGGUAAUCGUCGGAAUUGAUGCGAAUGCAAGCAUCGGACCUGAACAACAUUCCGAUAUGCUUGGAAAAUGGUUCUAUCCCAUGGAUCAGACCUCGGACAACGGAACUCGUUUGAUAGUUUGA